AUGGUUUCGAGAUCGUACUCCAAUCUGCUGGAGCUCACAUCGGGCGAUUCGCCCGCAUUUGGACCCGUGGGGAAGAGGCUCCCCCGGGUAAUGACAGUCGCAGGGAUCAUCUCCGAUCUUGACGACGAGAACUCCAACAGCCCCGGCUCCGACGGCCCAUCCUCCACCGCUCACGACCGCGUGAUCGUCGUCGGAAACCAGCUUCCCAUACGAUCUCUCCGGCGACCGGACGGCGGGGGCUGGGAUUUCAGCUGGGAUGAGGACUCCCUUCUCCUGCAGCUCAAGGAUGGCCUGGGAGACGACACAGAGGUCAUCUAUAUCGGCUGCUUGAAGGAGGAAGUGGAUCCGAAGGAACAAGACAACGUCUCGCAGCGACUACUGGAGGGUUACAGAUGCCUGCCGGCCUUCCUUCCCCCUGACCUGUUCGCCAAGUUCUACCAUGGAUUCUGCAAGCAGUACCUGUGGCCUCUCUUCCACUACAUGCUGCCGCUGUCGCGGGACCUCGGGGGCCGCUUCGACCGGUCCCUCUGGCAGGCAUACGUCUCCGUGAACAAGAUCUUUGCGGACAAGGUCAUGGAGGUGAUCAACCCAGAGGAGGACUUCGUCUGGGUACACGACUACCACCUCAUGGUACUCCCCAACUUCCUGAGGAAGAGGUUCAACAGGGUGAAGCUAGGGUUCUUCCUCCACAGCCCCUUCCCCUCCUCUGAGAUCUACAGGACGAUCCCCGUCAGAGACGAGCUCCUCCGGGCGCUGCUCAACGCCGAUCUCAUCGGCUUCCACACCUUCGAUUACGCCAGGCACUUCCUCUCCUGCUGCAGCCGAAUGCUCGGGCUUUCGUACCAGUCGAAGAGAGGGUACGUUGGGUUGGAGUACUACGGCCGCACCGUAAGCAUCAAGAUCCUUCCCGUUGGGAUUCACCUCGGUCAGCUCCAAUCGGCUCUGAACCUGCCGGAGACGGAGGCCAAAGUCGUGGAGCUCAGGGACCAGUUCAAGGAUCGGAUCGUCCUGCUCGGGGUGGACGACAUGGACAUCUUCAAGGGGAUCAGCUUGAAGCUCCUGGCCAUGGAGCAGCUCCUCCUGCAGCAUCCCGAGUGGAGAGAAAAGGCCGUCCUGGUCCAGAUCGCGAACCCCGCUCGCGGCCGUGGACGCCCCGUGCAGGAGUUGCAGGAGGAGACCUACGCCGUCGCGGCGAGGAUCAACAAGACGUUCGGGAAGCCGAACUACCAGCCCGUCGUCCUCAUCGAGAGCCCCCUCCAGUUCUUCGAGAGGAUCGCUUAUUACGUGGUGGCGGAGUGCUGCUUGGUCACGGCGGUAAGGGACGGCAUGAACCUCAUCCCCUACGAGUACAUCGUCUCCCGGCAGGGAAACCGGAAGCUCGACGCGGCUCUGCAGCUCCGGCCGGGGGGGCAGAAGAGGAGCAUGCUGGUGGUCUCCGAGUUCGUCGGCUGCUCUCCGUCCCUGAGCGGUGCAAUUCGGGUCAACCCCUGGAAUGUAGACGCAGUGGCGGAGGCCAUGGAGUUCACUCUGGUCAUGCCGGAGACGGAGAAGGAGCUCCGUCACGAGAAGCACCACCGCUACGUGGCCACCCACCACGUCGGGUACUGGGCGCACAGCUUCUUGCAGGAUUUGGAGCGGACUUGCAGAGACCAUCUGCAGCGGCGGUGCUGGGGGAUCGGCUUCGGCUUGGGCUUCAGGGUCAUCGCCCUCGACCCCAAUUUCCGGAAACUCUCGCUGGAGCACAUCGUCUCCGCCUACCGGAGGACGAAGAAUCGCGCCAUCCUCCUGGACUACGACGGCGCCAUGGCCUCGCCGGCGUCCAUCAACAAGACUCCCACGGCGGAGGCCAUCGGGAUUCUGAAGACCCUCUGCGGGGACCCUAACAACGUCGUCUUCCUCAUCAGCGGCAGGGACAAGGAAACCCUCAGCUCCUGGUUCUCCUCCUGCGAGAAUCUGGGAAUCGCCGCGGAGCAUGGAUACUUCCUGAGGUAUACAAAUAUCACAUAUACAUCCACCCGUCAUUAUACCGUUGACCUCCGAGUUUCUAUCUCAUCUGUUGCUCUGCCCAGUGAGGAGCCCGGCGGGGAGUGGGAGACUCCGCAGCCGUCGACCAACUUCUGCUGGAAGCUGAUCGCAGAGCCUAUCAUGAAGCUGUACACUGAGACGACCGACGGGUCAACGAUAGAGGCCAAGGAGAGCGCCCUCGUGUGGCACUACCAGUACGCAGACCCCGACUUCGGAUCGUGCCAGGCCAAGGAGCUCCUUGAUCACCUCGAGAGCGUCCUCGCCAACGAGCCCGUCUCCGUGAAGAGCGGACACCACCUUGUCGAAGUCAAGCCGCAGGUUCGGAGAUUUGUUCGCCUCUCGAUAGCAACUUUCACCGCCCUCUGGUUUGUUUUGCCCUAAAACGGCUCGGAUUCUAUUCCAGGGCGUGACCAAGGGGCUGGUGGCGGAGAGGCUCUUACGGGCGAUGAGGGAGAAGGGCACAAGGCUAGACUUCGUCCUCUGCAUCGGCGACGACAGGUCCGACGAGGACAUGUUCGAAGUCAUCACCGGCACCGCGGCGGCGCCGUCGCUGGCCCCGGCGGCAGACGUCUUCGCCUGCACCGUUGGCCAGAAGCCGAGCAAAGCCAAGUACUAUCUGGACGACAAAGCCGAGAUCGAGAGGCUGCUGCAGGGUCUUGCCGCAGUGUCUGACCAGUCGGCGAAGGCUGUCUCUUUUCCCAGUCCUCCGUGA